AACGACGAUCGACAACGAUCUGACGUUAUUCCCUUUGAAAUGGCGUUAGUCCCGUUAAAUACGAUGUUAUUUUUAGUUAUUACACUCGUUUAGCUCGCUUCAGAUUGAACUUUUCAAGGCCCACUGUUAUUAUCAGGACACGGCCUUCAUAUUUGACAAUUAGUGGGUCGAUAAACAAAAAUGUGGUGAAGUAAAUCGUUAAUGUUUGAUGUUGCAUAAUAAGGCCGCAGCGGCCCCCGAGCUUGCGUAGGGAUUACAGCCGCUCUUCAAUGCUUGGCCCGCCGCAGCACUGCAGUUCGGUUUUCAAGUCAAUCCCAGCAGACCUCUCUAACAGCAACAGCAAUCCUAAGUGAAGAGACAUUCCUAAAGUGCAGUCCAGUUCAGUUUUAACAUUAGUGUUAUAAGUUUUUGUUUUUUUUUACACACAUAAACACACCCAGCAUGGCAUCAGUGCCACUGUACUGCUUGUGUCGCCUGCCAUAUGAUGUCACACGCUUCAUGAUCGAGUGUGAUAUUUGUCAAGACUGGUUUCAUGGAAGCUGUGUUGGAGUAGAGGAAGACAAAGCAGCUGAGAUUGACCUAUAUCACUGCCCAAACUGUCAGGUCACCCAUGGACCAUCUGUCAUGCGCAAACGUCGUGGAGGCAACAAGCAAAUAGAUGGAAGCACUGGGGUUGGAAGAGAUCCAAGUCGGCCUGUUAAGACAGGGAGCCCACAGUUUGUAAGGGAGCUACGGAGCCGCACCUUCCCCAAUGCAGAUGAAGUCUUGCUAAAGCCAUCAGGGGCACAGCUGACUGUUGAAUUUCUGGAAGAGCAUUCAUUCAGUGUUCCUGUUAUGGUGUUGCGACGGGAUGGCUUAGGCAUGACCCUUCCUCCAUCGUCUUUUGGCGUCACUGAUGUAGAGCACUACAUUGGUGGAGAUAAAGAGAUUGAUGUGAUUGAUGUGUCUCGGCAAUGUGAUCAGAAGAUGCGGUUGGGAGACUUUGUUGAAUACUACAACAGCCCUAACAGAGAUAAAGUCCUCAAUGUCAUCAGCCUGGAGUUCUCUGAGACUAGGCUCUCAAACUUGGUGGAAACUCCCAAAAUUGUGAGGAAAUUGUCAUGGGUAGAAAACCUCUGGCCUGAAGAGUCCGUAUUUGAACGCCCCAAUGUGCAGAAGUACUGUCUCAUGGGAGUGAAAGAUAGCUACACUGACUUUCACAUCGAUUUCGGAGGCACCUCAGUCUGGUACCAUGUCCUGAGGGGUGAGAAAAUAUUCUACCUGAUUUCUCCCACUCCAGCGAAUCUUGCACUUUUUGAGCGAUGGAGUUCUUCAUCUAACCAGAAUGAGAUGUUUUUUGGAGACCAGGUCGAUAUGUGUUACAAGUGUUCUGUCAAACAAGGAAACACCCUUUUCAUACCAACAGGGUGGAUUCAUGCUGUGCUGACUCCAGUGGACUGCCUGGCCUUUGGAGGAAACUUCCUGCACAGUCUUAACAUUGACAUGCAGCUGCGGGCAUAUGAAAUAGAGAAGAGAUUAAGCACAGCUGACCUGUUCAAAUUUCCAAACUUUGAAACAGUAUGUUGGUAUGCUGGGAAACACCUUCUUGAUACCUUUAGAGGAUUGAGAGAAAAUCGCAGACAUCCAGCAAGUUAUCUUGUUCAUGGAGCUAAGGCCCUGAACAAUGCCUUCCGUGGCUGGACCCGUAAAGAGGCCUUAGCAGACCAUGAAGUGGAGAUACCUGAAACCAUCAACACUCAGACACUAGUGAAGGACCUGGCUAAGGAGAUUCGUCUAGUUGAGGAUAUCUUUCAACACAAUAUUGGCCGGACUGGACCUCAGUUUCCUGGUGCACCACUCGCCAAAGCUGCUAUGAGUGCUUCUCAAAACUCUGGACGUCCUCCUGGAAAAAAGAAAGGGCCCAAACCCAAGGAGUUCUUAGGUAGUCUUGGGUCUCCAGGAACCAAAAAGAAGAGUCAGAAAGGGUCACUGAAGGCAGAAGCAGGAGAGCUCGACCUGAUUGAGAUCCAUACCAAACAUACACUCAAGAAAUUUCAACCUGGCAAGUCCAAACACAAGAACAAGUUGGAGCUGCCCUUGGAGGAGUUUGAGGGAAACUUAAAAAAAAGCAAACUUAAACUAGUCCUGACAAAUGGAAAAAUACAAGGUAAGAAAGAUGGAAGUAGUAACGGUGCAGGAAGUACUGGAAGAUACAAGCAUCUUGUCACAGAUGGAUCCAGUGCUUCUGACUUCGAGUCUGAGGACGAGUUGCAGAUUGAUGAAACCCCACCUCCGCGACGUAAGGGUGGACCCGGCAAGAAAAAGGGACUAAGUAGUCUUCCAAGGAAGCUGCCGAGAGCCAAACCCUGUUCUGACCCUAAUCGCAUCAGGGAGCCAGGAGAGGUUGACUUUGACAUUGAGGAAGACUACACCACUGAUGAAGAGGCACUGGCGGCCCACGGGGUGAAGGGUGGUGCAGGCGGUAUUCUUGAUUUAUUAAAGGCCAGCAAGCAAGUGGCUGGCUUAGACUCUGGAACACUCAGUGAGGAAGCUCCAGCCUCCCCCAGCACUCGAGACGCCAUCCAGGGUAUGCUUUCCAUGGCCAACCCCCCUUCCUCGUCCUCCUCUUCCUCGUCCUCAUCUCCCUUAUCUAUCUCUGGAGGCUUGACAGAGGGAUUGGGAGUUGUCAAAGAAAAGGGUGGCAGAGCUGUUUGGGUAACCGGAGGGGUAAAGAAUACAGCAAAUCCAGACAAGAAACCUGUCAUCCGGCGACCUGGAAAACGCCCAAUUAAAAGGCCAGCUCGUCAUUUGAGUGAUGAAGAGAGCCCAGAUGAACAAGAAACACUGGGAACCUGUUUUAAAGAUUCAGAUUAUGUUUACCCUUCGUUAGAGUCUGACGAAGAUGACCAUAACAGCAAGGCUAAAAUGAAGCGGAAGAAAAACUGGGAUGACACACCUUGGAGCCCUAAAGCAAGGGUGAUGCCCACCCUCCCCAAACAGGAGCGACCAGCCAGGGAAGGGGCAAGAGUCGCCUCUGUAGAAACUGGCCUCGCAGCAGCUGCUGCCAAGUUGGCACAACAAGAGCAGCAAAAACCUGCUAAAAGGAAGUACACCAAAAAGCAGCGUCCUCCUGCUCCUGUGGUCACUCUUCCCCCUGUACAAAGUGAGCCCACUCCGCCCUCCCCUCCACCUGCUUCAGAGUCUGCAGCAGAUGUUAGCCCAGACAGAAGGAUGGAUUAUUACUCGGCAAGUCUGAUGGACCAUGAAUACACAGCCGGACCGGGACCAUUUGGCUCUGGAGGUCCUAGGGGCAGUGGAGCCAUGGCUCCUGGCGUGUUUCUCACUUCUCGAAGACCUUCACUGUCACCACAAAAUAGCAGCUCUCAUUCUGGUGCAUCCCCUGCAAGUUUAAGCAACCAAGGCAUAACAGGAGUUGGUCAAGGCAAACGUCCAAAGAAGGGACUUGCUACUGCAAAGCAGAGACUUGGAAAAAUUCUGAAAAUUCACCGCAAUGGUAAACUUCUCUUGUGAGAGAAAUUGGAAAUCUUACUGGAGACAUGGUAGGAAUGAAGAAAAGGCCUCUGUGAAGUACGUCUGAAGGACUUGGAGAUGGCGAUCUAUAUUUGUACUUUUGAUAAAUUUGUUUACUAUUUUUCACUUGUUAUCACACCUCAUCAUAUCUUGUUCUGCCCAACUUCACUUAUCCAUAUCUACAUUAACGUAUUGCAGAGGCAUCUCUCUCACUUAAAGGGCUUUUAUACACCAAACCAACAUGAAGACCCAGGGGCAACAAAAGAACCCCACUUGUUUCUUCUUAAAUUACCCAGGUUUAAGUUAAAAAAGGAAAAGAAACAAAAAAAUAGUUCCCUUUUACAUGCUGCAAAAGUGGCAUCCAACUGAAGUAUGACUUACAUCUGUGCAGCUUUGCAACUUUGAAGUGCAAAAGGGAAAACUAGUCUUUACAUUUGUUUUAAGAAAAAAAGAAAUAUAAACAAAGUAAUUUUUGGUUAAGGUCAGUUUGUUCUCAAUUUCAUGUCUUAGCAUUCAACAUAGAUCUAGCUAAGUUGGCCAUGUUUUAAAGUGUCAAGAUGCAAAAAUGUGUAUUUUAACUCAAAAUAAUGCAUCAUAUGGAUGGUUAUGUACAUGUAUGCUUUUAUUCCGCAUGAAUGAACAUGGAAGUACAAAACCAAAGGGGCAUUGUAUAUGAAAAAAGACAGACAUACACUACAGAUUCCAUCAGUGUGUUUGUCGGCUUGGUGUAUAAGGGCCCUCAAGAAAUUGCUGUAAUGUGCUGGAGGCACAUUUAAUGUAGUAAAUAUUUUUUCAGUUUCACAUAUCUUUCAUUAUCAAUAGGAAAUUGUGUGAAUCAUUUGCAAAGGCAUGAAAACUUAAUUCGCACAGGUUGUCAAAACUUUAUUUUGAAUUUAUUUUUACAGAAAUAACUGAUGUUUUUUUAGACGUUGUUUUUAUAUGACAUUAAACUGUCAAUUAUCAGUUUUAAAAAGGGAAAGAAAACUCAUUAUAUUGUCUGGUCAUUUGUAAUGUUUGCAAACAUACAUAGUCAGAAUUUUAGUAUUAUACUCAGCUGCAUUUUGUUUUCUUCUUCAUAAACCAUAUGCAAUUUGUUUGACAGGUAGAUUUUAAAGCAGCUGUGCAGACAUUAAACUACAUUAAAUGAUCCUUGCAGCUCUAAAUGUGACAUUCAAAGUAUUUAACUAAUUUCACAACAACAUAUGGGUCUAUUUAUUUUUUGCAUAUUUAUUGAACAUGGCAGGACGUUGAAAAUCCCUGGGUUGUUUUAAAUUAGCAUGUUUUUGCAUCCACACCAUGGGCUGUACUUAAAUUAGCUUUUACCCACUUAAAAUCUAAACUAAAUCUGCGUCAAUUGCUCUGUUAGAAAUUUUUUGUUCAGGUUGUCAUUGUAAAUAUUUGUUUUAUAUACGCACACAUACUUUGAAAAGGCAGAAAAAAUAGAACAUUAGAAUAGUAUCCAGCAUGUUGCUGUAAUUUGAGCCCAAGAGUUGGCAUCAGUCUUGGGUCAGAUGUAGAGAUGUGCUUUCUUAUCACAGAAUGUACUAGUCAUAAAACAUUGGAGGAGGUGUAGAUUUAAAUCAGUGAAAACUUUGUGAAGGUGCGGGGUUUGAAUUUAGAUGUGUGUAUAUAUCUGUUGUAAUUUAAGUUCUUUUAUAGUUAAAAAAACAACUUUCAGAUCUUUUGUAACUACUUGUACAUGAUAUGAUGCUGCACUUGGGGAAACAUGAUAGCUCUUUUUUUAUAUUUGUAUGCAGUAACUGUCAUGCUUUGUUCAUGUUGUCUUGUUAGUGUAUUAUUGGAAGUGUGCUGGAAACAAAUGCCCCUGGUAGAUUUUAUCCUUUUAGUUUUAUGUUAUUUGUUUAUAUUCUCCUUUGUGUUUGUGUAUAUUGUGUGUCUUAACAUGAUGUGCUUCAAUUCGAUCUGGAAAAGAUAAAAUUUAACUUGGGCUAAAUUUUCUUUUUCAUGGAAUUUAUUUGAGAACUAAACAAAAAAAAAAGUGAUUUUUAAGGCAGAAUGACUGGUUUUGUGUCUGCUCUACUUCACUCUACUAGGAAAGCCAGUUAUCAUCCCAGUUAAAAUUGUAUUUAGGAAUUUUUCCAGUAGCAAUGUCUUGUUGUAUUAAACACAUCUACACUUAAUUUUCUCCUCUUGUUUAAGUAAAUAAUUAAUUUGUGUAAAACAAGAUGGUACUUUUUAAUGGUAAAUGUUGAUUUUAGAUUUCUCAUUAUUUUGUACAAAUUGAUGUAUUAUUUUCAUACAAAAAUGAUUCCAUUGCUCAGUUUUAGAGAGAAGUCAUUGUUCAAAAAAAUGAGGAUCAACACAUUUACAUUUGU